UCUUUAUAACCGUCAUCUCCCCAUUCUUUCCUGCAUCAAUUUAAAAAUUUUAUCUGUACUUGAAUCUUAGUCUCGAAGCUAUGGAUAGCGUUACACCGUCCAGCACUUACCUCCACGGCGAACACCCACCACGAACGGGGGAACAAGAUGAAGAUCACCAUGAGAAGAAGCCGGUGUUGAAGAAGGUAAUGGACAAGGUGAAGAAGAUAAAGAAAGCCAUCAGCAAGAAAUCUCCCCGCCAUGGCAAAGAAGGUGACGGUGAUGAUCACCACCAGGAAGGCGACUUGGAUGAAGAGGAGGAGGAAUUCGAGGAGGAUGAUGAGAUUAAUGAAGACCGCGCGGUCCAUGGCGGCUCAGGAGCCGCUGGUGCUGGAAUUGCUGCGAGGGAAAUACCGGGUGGAGAAGAAGCUACGAAGGGAGCUGGUGAUGGUUUGAGUUUUAUCAGGGAACAAUUCGAUAAAAAUCAAGCCAAGCCCAGGACUUAUAACGAAACGGACACCACGACUGAACAAGGUCGAAGCUUGCCAAACCCCAUAAUUGAACCAAAACGAGAAAAUGAGAGUUCUGCUACUGGAGUGAAUGAAGUUUCGAGAGGAGGAGAAACUGCAGAGGGAGUUGGAGAUGGCUCGCCCCUGACAACGGAGAAGUUUGUUGGGGAUCUAACCGCGCCCACUGAUGAUCCUAAAACGAAAUGGGGAAUUGAACAGAGUCGAGCGUAUGAGAGUCCCGCUACUAAUGUGAGAACUGGGGAGAAUGAGGGUGCUGAGAGAGUUAGCGAUGGCUUGGGUAUAAUCAAGGAAGAGUCUGUUGAGGAUCCAGGAGCUCCCAGAAAUGAAGUGUAUGAGAGUCCAACUACUGGUGCGAGAACUGGAGCGAGUGAGAGAGUUAAAAAUGGUUUAGCUUUGAUUACCGACGACUUUAUUCAGGAUUCAUCUCCGCCCUCAACUGAAGCUGAAACUAACACAAGAAGUGAACUGACCCGAGCGAAUGAGAGUCCAACUUCAGGUGCGCGAACUGGAGCUAAUCAAACGUUGGGAGAAGGAAGAGAAGAUGCUAAGGGAGUUACAGAUGGUCUAGGCUUGCUCUCAAAGGAUUUCGUUAGAGAUCCAGCUGCGACCAGGAGUAAUGAUGAUUAUGAAACAAAUAAGAUAAUUGAACAGAGUCAAGUACAUUUGAGUCCGACUAGUGCUAGAUCUGGGAUGAAUGAAUUGUCCGGAAGAGCUGAAGAGGGUGCUGAGGCCGUUAGCGAUGGCUUGGGUUUGGUCACCGACAUGGAGUUGGUUGAGGAUCCAGCUGCGCCCAAAGAUGAAGCUGAAAAGAACACGAAUACUGAACAGGGACGAGGAAAAGAGGUUGAGAUUGCGCCGGAGCUCUGCCGUUCCUUGGAGGCCAUGACCGUCUCCCCCCAAAACGAAAGAGGAGAAGCCGAGCUUCCUAAAGGCGGAAAUAACAGCUACACUGGCAUGGUUUCGUCGGCAGCUUCCAAGGUGUACGAAAUGGUGACCGAUGCAGGUACAGCAGUGAUCUCUAAGGUAAAGCCUGAGGCUAGCAAAGACGGUGAAGGUGAAGCGGUUGUGAAUCAGAGCAAGGGACGUUCAAUUACGGACUAUAUAACGGAGAAGCUGACGCCAGGCGAGGACGAAAAGACUCUUUCGGAAUUGAUAACGGAGGCUGGACAGAGGAGAAAUAAUGAAACAGUGGAAGUACCGCGGCAAGCUGUGGCGCCCUCCGGCGAGGAGGAAAGGGGAACGGGCGUAGUAGAUAAAAUAAAAGAGACUUUUACUUCACUUCUUGGCGGUGGCGGGGGUUCUCCAAAGUCGCCGGCUGCGGGAACUCAACGAAAAGAGACAGAGUAUAACGAUGACUUUCUUGGCCGUCCACCUGAAGCAAUCAGCCAAGAGAAGGGAUCUAAUGAGGAGCUGCCAACUUCAUAUCAUUGAUGAUGCCAAUAUAAUUUAACAAAAUGCUAUAAUGGAGGAUGUACAUCUGUUUUUCCCGAUUUUUUGUUUGUCAAUUUCAUCAUCUAUCUUUUUAUUUUCGCAAUUCUAGUUUACUUGU